AUGCCGGAUCAAAACAUUUUCGUCGGCGGCGACCUUGCUCCGGGUGAGUUCCGUAGCUUUUCGGUAUCUCUAGAUGAUGGUGGUAUCUCUGUUCUCGACCGAGGCUUCAUCGGCGAGAAAGGGUCUCUAUCCAUUACCGAGGCCAGAGACAGAGCAUCUCGCUCGUCCAAGGCGAUCUUGGAGGUAGUAACGCUCUUGACCAAUGUGCUUGAUCGCCACGAGGCUACUAUCCGCAAGCGUUGGGCAAAGAAGAGCACCCGGCAGCGCCAGGAUCUCCUGCGCAGGGCAUGGCCAGACAUAGCUACUACCCACGCACCCGACCUUGCAGCCUAUAAGCGCAAAUCCAAAGCUCGGAGUACAUCUGGUAGAGACAAAGGCCUGGACAAGAAUUAUGCGCUUCCGUACAUGAACUUGGAGGACUUGGCGCGCGGGAAUGCUUUUCCUGUCCUCCUCAAUUCCAGAGCAUUGACACCUCCACCGUUUUACCUACCAAACGCGGCGUAUCGUGUGGACUUGUGGACGGAGGAUCCGGAGAAGUACGGGCAGAUUGAGAAGUAUGAAGAAAGCGCCACGGAAGCGGCUGCUGGCAGGAUCCCAAACGUGCCCACUGGUCUUCUCGUUUUUGAAGUUCAAGCAACGUUGCUUCAAGCUCUACGGGAUAUCGUGGCUCUUAUUCUGCAGGACAAGCCGUUGGAGGUGUACGCUGAGACGGGUCUUGUCGUCCCAGAACUCCCUCCUUUGUCCCUCCACCCCGGAGAGGAUACCCCCUCGGUGACAGAUCUGGCACUUGCGCGUCCCUACCUCGUUCCCGAGAAGGUGGACGUCGCUCGGCUGUCCUCGCUCACCCGCACCCGCACGGCAGAAUGGGUAGACUACGGCUGGGCUAUGCGAGAGGACCCUGGCUUUUUUGCGGAAGUUGUCGGAGACUGGCACGAGCACUCGAGUGCAAACUUCGGCAAGCUUGCCUCUCUCCAUGAAAAGUUUGCCAAUGGCGAGUAUGGAUGUGAAGAUGAGGAAGAUGUUCCUGGUUAUCGUGACAUCUUAGAGCGCAUCAUCUCUCUCCUAGAGUUCCGUGUCAUCGAAAAAGGAGCACGCGAGCUCAUGUUCAUCUUGCCAUCCGCACCUCCUUGGCGGGAUCUUUUUGUCAAGAGCGAGAGGGCCCUCCACUUAAAGAACCCGGCCAGCAUGGACAAGCACGAGGUGCUUUGGCUGACGGCCAAGCUCGGUGAUCGCGAGUCGCACGUCCCACUCAAUGUGGCCGCCAUAGAACUCGCCCAUCUCAUCCACACGGACAAACAGCAGCGACAAAAUAUCACGGCUCUCUCGGCCCGUUGCAUCGCAGAUUUAGGGCUGGCAUGCGAGCUUCAUAAACAGGUUCGCAUGCUCAGCCCAAAGUAUUUCGCAAGAAUGGGCGCCAAGUUCACCUUCGAUCCUGAAGAGUCGGAGCAAGUGUUGAAGGACUCUGAACUUAUGGAUGUCCUGAAGCCACUAUAUGAUCUUAAAAUGAUUGUUUCGGUUACACACUCGGGAGACAAGUACUUGAAUCUCGGUGCAGAAGUCGAUCUGUCGAAUGGGAAGCUGAGAUAUCCGAUCAACAGGAGCCGCACCAAGGAGAACGCACAAAUUCUACAGGCAGCGGAGCGUCACCUUGAUGAGAUAUGGGACAAGUACGAUGCACAUCUCGAAAAGCACUUGUCUGCAGAAACAAUCGAGAAGCUUCAGACCGGGGUACCUAAAAAGGAGGAGCUGCGAAGAACCCCGGAUUGGGUUGAACCUGAGCCCAAACCCGCCCAACAAACGACCGAGGACCAACAACCGGCCAAUGUCAAGUUCGACGGGUGGACCGACGAGUCUUUCAACAAGAGCAAGCUGGAGAUAAGGGUGAAGCCCAAGACAACCGGGCAGCCAGGCUCGGGUUACGGCGAGGAGAGUUCAUAA